GUGUUGACAACACCUGGGAACUUAUUCGAAAAUGGAUGCGAAGCCUCAUCGUAUUCGCGCCCGCGGUGACGAGAACGUGCCGCCCUCCCUUCAUAACAAUAAAACCAUCCAUCAGCGCAACAAGUCCAUGUCAGCGCUAAACGCCACCCAGGCCGCCAAGAAUGGUACUCGACGGGCAUUCGGUGAUGUGAACAUCAAUAAGGACUUGUCGCGCGCUAGUCGCGAUGACUCGGCCCUUACGGGAAAGCCUGCGUUGCAGGUUUCGGAGAAGCCUGCGCUUACACAGGUUACCCAGCGCCCCGUGUCCCUAUCUAGCUCCAAGAGUCUGUUGAACAAUAUUACUACGAAGCCUGUCAACCCAGCUGGCAAGGCCCAAGCUACCAAAAUAACUAAGCGAAGCACUGCCGUCUUCCGCGACCACCUCGAGCCCGUCGUUGAGAAGGAAACAUCCAAGGAAACUCUCACUAGCCGUUCUGUUCGGAGGAUUGAGCAAUCUUCUGAUACGGAAGCAAAUGGACCAAAGGAGAUUGAGAAGCUCGAAAAGAAGGAAGCUUCAAUUGUUCCCGCAGACGAGUCCUUAGUGUCGACUGCAUCGGAUACCACCAUCUCUGAUACCGAAGAGCCUAAGACUGCUACCUCGGCUAAAAUCACAGCACCCAUUGUCUCUGAGCCUGAAGAGUACUGGGAGGACGAAGAUGAUAGUUUAACCGCACCCUCAAAUUUGCGCGCCGACAACACUACUGGCGGCACCACCAUGGUCAUUUAUCCCAAGUUCACCGCUGGUACCAAGCGCCAAAUUCUGCAGGCGAAAGAGAUCGUCGAAGCUUCCCUCACAGAGGAGGAUAUUCUGGACGAUUUCUAUGAUUCUAGCAUGGUUCCAGAGUAUAGUGCUGAGAUUUUCCUCUACCUUCGACAAAAAGAGGUUUCGAUGCUUCCAGUUGCUGAUUAUAUGGCCAAUCAGACCGAGAUUCAAUGGUCCAUGCGCGCAGUCUUAAUGGAUUGGCUGGUGCAGGUGCACUUCCGUUUUGCCCUCUUCCCAGAGACCUUAUAUCUCUGCGUGAAUUACAUCGACCGAUUCCUUUCUCGAAAAAUUGUCUCCUUGGGUAAGCUGCAGCUAGUGGGUGCCACCGCGCUAUUCAUUGCAGCCAAGUACGAGGAGAUUACUGCGCCCUCCGUUCAAGAGAUCGUCUACAUGGUUGAUGGGGGCUACACUGUCGAUGAGAUUCUCAAGGCCGAGCGCUACAUGCUAACCAUACUCAACUUUGAGUUGGGAUGGCCCGGCCCAAUGAGCUUCCUUCGUCGGGUUAGCAAAGCAGACGAUUAUGACCUGGAGACUCGGACUGUCGCCAAGUAUUUUAUUGAGCUCACUAUUAUGGAUGAGCGUUUUGUUUGCACUCCUCCUAGCUUUGCCGCCGCAGGCGCCCAUUGUCUGGCCCGACUGAUGCUUCGCAAAGGAUGCUGGACUCCGGCCCACGCUUACUACUCCGGAUACACCUACGCCCAACUGCUCCCUGUCAUCACCAACAUGCUAGACUGCUGUCAAAACCAACAAACUCAUCACCAGGCGAUCUAUGAGAAAUACGUCGACCGUCGAUUCAAGCGUGCCUCGCUGUUCGUGGAGAAUGAGGUUCAGGCUGGUUUCUCCCUGCCUGCCGCUACUCCCUUCCGCGAACCUGCACGUCUGGCUGGAGAAGCCAACUACUAAACUCUGUUUUCGAAUUUCCGCAAGCUGAAAGCGCUUCUAACUUGCUCAACAAUACCCCACAUUCUCUAUCGCGUUUCUCAUUUCAUUUAUGCGUUUCGGAAUCAGGCUGUUGGAGGGGAUAUGGUACGGGAAGGCGUUUGUUUGAUUGUUCAUGGAGCUCUCUUUUCUUUUAUCAUGACAUCGAGAUGACUUUGACGCCAUUGUUCCGCGAGGAGUUUUACGGAUCGGAAAGGCGUUUUCUGCUUCUCGGCGUCACCUAAUCCUUU